AUUGUUUUUUUUCCGAACGAAACGAAGGUGUUGUCGUCUGCUGCUGUCUGCUAAGUGCUUAUGUGAUUUUAGUGCUCAGACCUACCAGCGUUUUCAAGUUUCAAAAUGAGCAACGGGAAUGUGUUGAUCGUUCUAGGAAAAAAUGGAAGUAAAAAAUUUGAACUACAAGUUACCUUUCAAACUACCGUUGGCGAAUUGUGUGCUGAAAUCGAAAAAGAAACGGAUAUACCUGUUAACUGUCAAAGAGUUAUUUACAACGGACGAGCUCUAAAUAAUCACGCUGAAGACAUGCAAAAAGACCUACAUAAUCUAGGGUUAAAAUCCCCUGCCAAAGUGCUAGUGCUUGGUAAGAAACCAGAUGAAGAGGAUGAAAAUUACAAAUUGAUGAAGAAAUGGGAGAUUUCUUGUGAUUCAGUCACAAAUCAAGUUAGUAGUAUUGAAAAAGACAUCCUUGAAAUGGAAAGGGGGUUUGCUCCUAAGGAAUUGUUUGACAAUCUACCAAAAGUUGAAAAAAAGAUAAACUGUCUAGCAGAAGAAUUAAUGAAGAUUUUGAUAUCCCUUGAUGCACUAAGUUUCAAAGAAGACCAGAAAGUGGCUAGGGCAAAAAGGAAAUGUAUAAUUGAUAAAAUUCAUUCGUUGCAUAGAAAAUGUGAUGAAAUGGUUGCUUCAGUGAAGCAGUUGCAAAGUACAAAAUCUUAAUGAUGGGUUAAGUAAUCUAAAUACGGAAAUAUAUAAAAUGUUUAAUAUUCUGCCUUAUUAAUACUUAUAACUAUAUAUUACUAUGUAAGCAAAUGUUGUGGAUUGUAAUUACAUUUUGAUAGAAUGGUUAAAAGUGAAAGUGACUCAACGCGCGCGUGUUAAACAUUUUCAACUGUAAGUGGUAAACGUCCAGCUGUUGGGCCUGAACGUCCAAAAUAGUAAUAAUACAAUGAAUGUAUUUAAUGUGACUUGAUCUCCAUGGCCUAGGUCAAUGCUUUGGCAUAUUCUUUUUGUUUUGACUGGCGUUUUAGCUGAAUGGAGGAUAGUUUUCUUUUUAUAACUAAAAAUUGGUAAUGUACACAGGUUUUCAAGUCGUUCGAGUUCGAGUCAUCAUCAUGAAAAUGUGGAUUAAAUUGAACUUGUGUCUUGCCGUAACUAUAGAUGGCUAUUCGAAAUCUGUCAGUGAGUCAGUCACAUAGAUGGGACUGGGAGAGGUGUAGAACAAACAACAAAUGCCGAAAUUUAUUUCCUGCUGCUGUUAACUUAUUUUAUUGACCUUUGUGUCCACAAAAUAUAUAGGUGAAACUGUAACUUUCAUAAUCUAAUCACCAUAGUUGAUACUUACACUUCAUCCCUGUAUUCUAGUCGAUUCGUCUAGUAUUCUACAUAAUGUGUGCAAGAAGCUUGUCCUUGUCUGCUGUCAUCUCAAGAUCUCAUUUAGGUAUUGCAUCAUAGCUGGGUAUUGACUUCACAACCAGAUUCUUUGCCAUUUGCAAUUGGAAAGAUCAGUUUAGGUAAGUCAACAUUUACUAGGCAUUUCCAUGUAAACUUUCACUAUAUGUACCACAAAUUUCACACUGAUGCCCAGGGUAUUACAGUCGGAUGUUACAUUUGCUUCUGUGUUUGAAGUUUUUUUUUUCCAGUCGAGUUUUUACGGUGCACAUUUAGCCACGGUUUGAUUUUUAAGUCUUAAGUCUGUAACUUAACUACUUAAGAAUGAUUGUGUAUUAUUAUAAUUAUUCUUUGUUAUUAUGGUUAAUACACGCAUUUUUUAAUCUA